GCGUGGCGUGGCCGUCCGUGUCUCUCCUUGCCGUGUCUUGUCCAGAAAGAAGUUCCCAUCUGAAAUCAAACCAACACCACCGAUCUACGACUAGCCCUUUGCCCUUUGCCCUUUCCCUCUCCUCGAUCCGCCGCCAGCACGGAAUGUGGAUCGUGUCUGCCUCCCGCCCGUCUCGGGUCCCCGCCGGCAGCCCGGAGCGUCAGCCAUGCCUGCGGCCCAGCCUCCCUUCCCUAUCUACGUGCUGAACUGCGUCGUGGAUACGGCUGACCUUACCGGCAAGCCAGAGCCAGGGCGAGGGCGAGCGUGGUCGGAGAUCCCGUGCGCAAGCAGGAGGGCUUACGGAUGCGGGAACAACAUCCAGGAGGCGGUGGAAGGCCUCGUGCUCUACGCGCGUCUCGACGACGCCCCGCAUCUCAACUCUUCCCUGGCCAUCCGCAUGAGCGAGGGCGCGCGCCGGAGGUUCGAGUUGGAGCUCGAUCCUGACUACUACCGCCGCAGGGAUGCCAAGCUCCCCAGCGACUUGAUUGGAAUCGCCCGUGUCGAGAUGGCUGAGGAGCACGGCAUCACCGCCAUCAUUCUGUGCUUCACACGCCCGGGGUUCUUCUAUCAUCAGUCUGACCUCGUCUACUACCUCGUCUACGAUUCCAUCAGCAGAUCGCUCUCCAUGUUCCACAAAUGUGUCUACGACGGCGUCUGCUCGUUGAAGACCGUCGUUCCCAAGCGCACCGACGGUGGCGACGACUACAAGCUGUUCCUUUUGGGCCACAAGGUAUCGUCUCCCAAAGAUGACGUUCUCUGGGUGGGCUCUCUGUCGUCGUCUGACGGCGGCACCGGGGUGCCGGCCAAGUUGAAGAGCAUGGACUUUCCGAGGGGGCUAAUUCACAAACGAUUCAAAGUGGACGUGGCCUUCUCUUGCCAACGCAAGGCUUUCUGGGGAGAUCUCAAGCAAGGCCUCUUGUACUACGACCGGCAGACCAGUGAUUUCGGCUUCAUCAAGCUUCCCCGCGAGUACAAGGUUGACAUGGAUAGUGGCGGUGAUGAGCCUGUGCCGCCGGUCACCUACUCCCGGACCAUGGGCUGUGUUGGGGACUCCAUCUGGUUUGUCUGCAUCGAUGUGCCCUCUCAUUACACCAAUGCUGUGGUGUGCAUAUGGGAACUGGUAUUGCCUGAGGAGCAGGAGCAGGAGCAGGUGAAGGGGAAGGGAGCGGGAUGGAAGGAAGUUGUUGAAGAGGUUCCUGCCAAGGUGCUCUGGGAGCUGUCCAGUUUCAAGAAGGCAGGAUUGCCAGCGGCGCCAUUGCAGUACCCGAUCCUCACGCCAGAUGGUGCCCUAUGCUUCGAUCGUGCUGGUCGACCAGAGCAGAUUCCAAAAUCCGCCUCCUUUUGAGGAUCACUUCUGCAUCUUUGACAUGCGCUACCCCAUUACUGAAUCCAUUAUCAUGUACCCUUCUUCCAGCUUCCUCGAUAACAAGCAAUGUUCCCUCCAGAGGAGUUCUGCGGAAGACUGCCGCGCAGCAGGGCUCGAGGCAAUGACAUGGAGUAAGCUCUCUAUCGAUUAAUAGUCAAGGAGCAUGAUGAAAGGCAUCGAUACAACAGUAGCACAUCUUCCUUGGAUCCGUACUCAUGGUUGCUAGGUUGCUCUUGCUAGUUUGGUUCAUGUUGGGAAGUAACAAACGUGCUUCUGGGCUUUAUUUUGCUUACGUACUUUGUUUCAUUUAUGGCAUGGAUGUUUUAACACUCCUCCCAUAAGUUUCAUUUAUGUGCUUUGUAUAUUUCUUUAUCGUGUUUGCUCCAUCGAAUUUUGCAAGUGUUUAGACAGUGCCUUAAAUGACCUGGUAUAGCUAAUCGAACUAUAUUUGAUGA